CGUGACCCUUUUUCAAUGGAGGCGCACAUGUACUGUAGCUCAAGUGACCUGUUCUGAAAUGAAUUUACAAAAUACUUUAGUACACUGAGACCUUCAUAUUCUUAUCUGUUGCGGAUGUCUUCACGGGCCCUGUGGAGUCGAGCAGCUACGCUGCGAGUGUUCGUCCGUUCACCAUGCGGGCCAACGUUCAGAGCUCAGCAUCUCUCUGGAAAAAUCCAGAGAAAGAACCAGGAAGAAACGGUGCAACAGUCCUCGAGUGCAGAAACGGCAGAAGGAUGCCUGCUGGUGUACAAUCCCUCUGCGUAUUUCCGAUCCGGAGCAGAACGCUCUGCCGUUCAGACAGGGUUUCCUGUGGAAGAGGAAAAAUUCCAUCCCAUGCGAAGUGCUGGAUUCAGAAAGCACAUGAUUGGUUCUUCACGCCACUUAUCCGUCUCCCAGCUUGGAUUAGCUUUCAACAGAGACAAAGCUGAUAAACUGCAGAAAUUUGAUCCUGAUGUUUCGACCGGUUUAAAAAGGGACACUCGUGCCUUUCAGAGGUGUAGACCCGAGUACAGCAUGAUGACCUACGACGCGUCUAGGCAUCCUCCCGCUAUUCAGAUUAAAGAUGGCUUGUUACUGCUUCAUAAAGUUUCCUUGAUGAAAAACGCUGACGCCUCAAACGUAGCUCAUUUUAUUUGCGAACUUGGCCGCUUGGAACCUGAGCAGACCGUGACGAUCAGAGGCAACAUGUGGUUUUCCAGGCUGCUGCGCUACAGUGCGGAGAAUCUGCAAGAUUUCACACUUCUACAGCUGAUCGAGGUUUUGGGUGCCUUUGUGACACUAGGAUUGUCCCACCACCACAGCAUACUGGAUUUAUACGAAGCCGAAUUCAGCCGGCGGACCAAUGAGAUGGAGCUGCACCAGCUUCUGCUCGUGGCUGACCUGUGGCGAUGCCUUGGCCGGUCAGUCCCGCAGUAUGUGGGCAAAUUGUGUGACUGCAUUAGCAAGCAUUUUAACCAAAUGGGUCCACCAGAGCUGGUCCAGUUUGUGUAUAUACUAGGAGAAAGCCGUCAGUGCCCCACAUUUGUGCUUCAGUGUCUAGAAGGUAUUGUAAUGCGCCAUCUAGAGGAGCUGAAGGGGGAAGAAGUGGGUGCUAUUUGCUUGGGUCUGUUUAAAACUCAGAACUCGCUCUCAGAAGGAGCACUGCGCAGGCUUGUGGACCGAGCUUGUGUGGUUGUUAAAGAAAUGAGUGACUUCGGGAUCGUGAAUGUGAUGAAGUUAAUGAGAUUCAGUCACCUGGAUCACCUUCCUUGGUUGGAGAUGCUUAGCUCUGAAGUACCCCGUCGUGCUCCGCAGAUGGCCGUCCAGGGCCUCAUGCACAUUGCUUUGACCUGCUCUGCACUGCACUAUCAUGAUGAUGGUGUUCUCCUGGCUGUAGCAAAACACCUACCCCAUUUACCAUCUCAAUACAGGAGCAAAGAUGCUGCUAAGCUUUUGUGGGCGUUUGGCAACCUGGGCAUCCUUCCAAGCCAGUGCCCUAGCUUUCACCCUCGACUCACAGAAGCCCUGCGAGUUCGAGAGUCAGAGUUUCGCAGCUACCCCGAACACCUUGUAACAGCUCUGCUUGGCUUGGCGUUUGUUGGGCAGUUCCCUCAGGAUUUGUUGAGUUUGGCUUUAACCCCCGAAUUUACAAAUCAAGUCUCAGGAUUGAUCGAUUUGAAAAAGGAUCUUUUCACUCUCGACGGAACAGUUGCGAUCGAGCUGCCCGGAUGGACCGGGCCACGGUUGAACCCAACAAUUCAGGAGGAGGCGACCAAACAGUUAUGGGACUUUGCCAAGUCUCAAUUGUGUCAGAAACCAGAGGUUUUAGAGGCCGAGGCUGUUCUCCAGGAGCUGCUGGGAGGAGAGGUGUUUGUGCACAAGCGAAUGAUCUUACCACAUGUGCGUUCUAUUGACCUCGAAGUGCACUUGGAUCCCAGCGGAAAUCCUCUGCCUGUCGCGUCUGAGUCCUAUCAAAGCCACUAUAAUGCAGACAAGGAUUCUUUUUGCCUUCUGGAUAGAAAAGAAAUGCACACAGGAGUUACCCUGACUGAUGAUCUGCUGGUACAGUUGACCAGUGGCAAAAAAACAAAAACGCCAGAAACUUUAUCCAUUCAGCAACCGGUUCUGCGUCCUGUGGAGGCAUCAAGCAAAAGAGAAAGUAUUCUGAGGGUGGGCAUUGACCUGACUGAUGAUCUCCUGCAUGCGAUAACAAAGAGGCAGGAGCAGUCUUCCGUCCACAGCCAUGCUGCCUCAACUACUGCUCGGCUUGCGGUUCAAGUGACUAGUAGAAACAAUUAUUGUUACAGGACGCAGCGGUUAACCGGGUUGUAUGCAAUGAAGAGGAGGCAAUUAGCUUUGACAGGGUAUACAGUUGUAGAAGUGCCACAUUGGGAAUGGAUCCCAUUGCUUCGACGCUCCCUCGCCGAGAGACUUGCUUACAUGCACUGUAAAAUCUUCAGUAGUUUUGAUUCUCUAACUAGGAAAUGAUUUCUGAUUUGUCGUCUCCAAGUGCAUUUGAUUCCUAUUUGGGAAUGUGAGCCACAAUUUUGACUUGUGUAUGUGUAUAUAUAUAUAAUAAUAAUAAAAAGUGAUUUAAUGUUUGUUUAAUAAAAUUGUACAUUAUUA